AUGAAGGUCCAUCCAGUUUCAAACAUAACCAUCACCAAUUCAGCAACAAUAUGCAAACUCAGGCGUCUGCCACACAUUUUUUCAAAAGUUCUUGAACUCCCAUUUUACUCAAACACCAAUGUUUCGGUCCAAGAAACACCCGAAUCGUUCAAGUUCAUUGUCGAUACAGACGACGACAUAAUAGUAGAUGCCCAUAUUGCAGCACACACUAUUGAAAUAUUUCCGGGUGUUACUAAAGUUAUUGUUAGAGGUACACAUUAUAAUAAUGUAGUUGUUAAUAAUGAAAUGGAAGUUGGUUUGUGGCGGUUUAGGUUGCCAGAAGACACCCAACCAGAGUUAGCUACUGCGGUGUUUGGUCGGGGUGAACUUGUUGUUACUGUCCCUAAAAAUGUUGUUAAUUUGGAUAGAAAUGGAGUUUGGGGUGGUCAAAAUGGGAGGUUUGUUUUAGUACAAUGA